AUGACGAGCAACGGUCAUACGAAUGGACACACAUCAGUACGUAAAAUUAAUUUCGGUGCAGGACCAGCUCAAUUACCACUUGAAGUAUUGGAAAAUAUUCAUACAGAAUUUUUAGAUUAUAAUGGAACCGGCGCUAAUGUUAUGGAACUUAGUCAUCGAUCAACAACUUUUGAUAAAAUUAUUCUAGAUACUGAACGAUAUAUUCGUGAAAUUUUAACUAUACCGGAUUCUUAUGCAGUUCUUUUCUUACAAGGUGGUGCUACAGCUCAAUUCAGUGCAAUUCCAAUGAAUUUCCUUAAUUUAAAACCAUCAGCAACAGCUGAUUAUCUUGUUACAGGCUAUUGGUCAGAAAAAGCCGCUAAAGAAGCUGAAAAAUUUGGUAACAUUAAUUUAGUCGUACCAAAAACAAGCAAAUAUCAAAGUGUACCAGCUGAAGAUACAUGGAAAUUAACAAAAGAUCCAUCUUAUUUUUAUUAUUGUGCCAAUGAAACAAUUCAUGGUAUUGAAUUCGAAGAUAUUCCUUCAAUUAUACCAAAAGAUGUACCUAUUGUUUGUGAUAUGUCAUCCAAUUUUUUAACACGACCUUUUGAUAUUACUAAAUUUGCUAUUGUCUUUGCUAGUGCACAAAAAAAUUUUGGUGCAAGUGGUCUUGUUCUUGUCAUCAUAAGAAAAGAUUUAGUUGAACAAAAUACAAAUAAAUCAAUACCAAUUAUUUUAGAUUAUAAAAUACAUAUGGCUAAUGGAUCAAUGUAUAAUACACCACCAACAUUUCCAAUUUAUGUUGCAAAUAAAAUGUUUGAUUGGACUAAACAACAAGGUGGUUUAAAGGGAAUGAAUCAGCAUUCAGAAAAAAAAUCUUCUCUUGUUUAUGAAACAAUUGAUGAAUCUAAUGGUUUUUAUGUAAAUUCUAUCGAAAAAAAAUAUCGUAGUCGUGUUAAUAUUCCAUUUCGUAUUUUAACAAAUGGUGUUGAAAAUGAAAAACUUGAAUCAUUAUUUCUUAGUGAAGCAAUUAAAGCAAAUAUGAUUGAAUUAAAAGGUCAUCGUGCUGUUGGUGGUAUUCGUGUAAGUCUUUACAAUGGUAUGACACCAGAAGAAACAAAAAAAUUGACGAAUUUUAUGCGUACAUUUCAAACAAAUCACAGUUAA